AAAAGAGAUCCCGUGAUUGGAUGCACGUGAUUGUAGGGGGCGGUGCCGGUACUGCAACACGGAAGUGAAAGAUAACAACAUUUAAUGGUUCAUAUUUAAUCGUCUACAAGGAUAAUACGUAAGCAAAGGUAGAAUACGGUUACAACAAUGCAAGCUACUCGAAAACGCCAAACCAAUAAUAUCCAGACUUCAACGCAAAAUAGAAAAAUUGUUUCCAGAGAAAAUGCGUCAUCAGAAAAGAGUCCAAAGUUCCAUUUGGACCUAUGGCUAUGGCUUACCCUGGAGAACUGGAUCUUAGACUUCGGAAGGCCUAUUAUCAUGAUUGUCCUUCCACUAGAAUGGUUUCCCCUGAACAAGCCCAGUGCUGGAGACUACUUCCACAUGGCCUACAAUGUAAUCACUCCCAUCCUCUUGCUUAAGCUGGUGGAGCGCAGUCCUAAGGUGCUGUCUCGUUCGGCGGUCUACCUCUGCAUCAUCACACUCGUCAUGGGGGCCAGCAUCCACCUUGUGGGGGACUCCAUCAACCACAGGCUGCUCCUGAGUGGGUAUCAGCUCCACCUGUCCGUCAGGGAGAACCCAAUCAUCAAAGACCUGAAGCCUGCAUCACUGAUUGAUUCAUUUGAGCUACUGUACUACUAUGACGAGCAGCUGGGACAUUUAAUGUGGUAUAUUCCCUACUUUCUUAUUUUCUUCCUCUAUUUCACUGGAUGUUUUACGAAAACCAAAGAACAAAACGUCAUCCCCCUCUCUGGUUGGCUGUUACUGGGACCCAGUGCUCUGUACUAUUGGUACUUGGUGACUGAAGGGCAGAUCUUUGAACUCUUUCUGCUCACAUUCGUGGCCAUGGUCGCCAUGGUAAUGCUGCAACAGCGUAAAGGCUUAAGGCCAGACAUCAAUGGGCUGUUUUUGUUAGGGAGUUUUACUGGUACCAUGGUACUGGUUGUUGUCUGGGUGACCUAUCUGUGGAACGACCCAGAUUUACGAAAAAAGUAUCCAGGACUCCUUUACGUCCCAGAACCCUGGUCUUACUACUCAUUGCAUGUCAAAGAUAGCCACUGAUGGUCAGUUUUACA